AGCAGCAAAGGGGGUACCAACUCCAUAUCAAUGCCCAUGAUUUUGAAAUGAGAUGUUCGAUGAGCAGAUGUCAACAUACUUUUGGUCAUGAAGCAACUGUUCUCUAACCCUCUUGGUCGCGCAUUCCAAUAACCACUACAUUUCAGUUUUCUCCUCCCCACUCAGCCCACUCACAGAAAGUCUUAGCAAAAUUCACGCUUGAUAAUUUUCUCUUUGUUAAGAAGCUAUUUUUGUUUCUUUUUGACAAUUUAAAUUUAAAACUACAGUAAGAUCCUUAAUUUUUACCCAGAAAUGAUUUGAUAUUCAGAUAAAAUCGGUUGCAUUGGACCUUUAAUCAGGUGGCUGACUGCUGGGCAAGUAGAGUUCUAAUGAAACAUACACCAUAAUUCAAAACAGUGUUUCAUAAUACUCUCCAUGGAAUCUGACAUGAAGUUUAGCCAGUCCGAUGAAGCAACUGAAUUUCAAAGUCAUCUUUCUGAUGUAUUUUUCUUCCUUGUCUGAGUUUUUACAGAUAUAGGGAUCUGUUCAGUGAGACCUGGAAUGCUUUCUCUGACUAUGACAUCAUCCAUCUGAAAACUUUUGACACUAAAAGGGUGUGCUUCAAAGACGUGGUGUUUACCCUGCUCCCCAGGAUGAGAUAUGGGCUGUUCUAUAACACACCUAUGAUAUCUGACUGCCACAGUGAAUUGAUGUUCAGGGCCUUCUCCCAGUAUGUUCUAUAUCGACUCAACAUUCCACAGGAUGGACCCAAGGAGGGGAGGAUUCGUGUCAUGUUGUUAGCACGCAGCACAGACUAUCGCAAGACAUUAAACCAGCAGGAGCUCACAAACGCCCUGAAGACCGGGCCUUUACUCGAGGUCAAAGUGGUGGAUUACAAAUACAAGGACGUCCCGUUCCUGCAACAACUCAGGAUUACCCACAACUCUGACAUCUUCAUCGGGAUUCAUGGGGCGGGACUUACUCACCUGCUCUUCCUCCCUGAUUGGGCUGUCAUCUUUGAGCUAUAUAACUGUCAGGAUGAGAGCUGCUAUCGAGAUCUGGCUCGGCUGCGGGGGAUCCGAUAUGCGACUUGGCAAAAAAGGGACAAAGUGCUCCCAGAGGACAAGGGUCACCAUCCCACCCUGGGGGAGCAUCCUAAAUUCACCAACUACUCCUUUGAUGUGGAGGAGUUUGUGCAUCUGGUGCUGAAAGCAGCAGACUUCGUCCUGAACCACCCCGAAUGGAAGCCCCGGCUCAGCCGUGAUGAACUGUAGGCCCCCAGCAGCAGACUUCGUCCUGAACCACCCCGAGUGGAAACCCCGGCUCAGCCGUGAUGAACUGUAGGCCCCCAGCAGCAGACUUCGUCCUGAACCACCCCGAGUGGAAACCCCGGCUCAGCCGUGAUGAACUGUAGGCCCCCAGCAGCAGAAGGAACACAGGACAGUUAGGUGAAGCCAACACAGCCCAGGGUACAUCUCAAUAGAGAUAAUGAAGACCAAUCAAAUGGCCUUGGCAAACCUUAUGAGUGCCUGCUACCAUUUUCCUUGCUAGAGAAAAGUAUAUACUCCUUACAACAAUUGCCAAAUUUGUAUUACAUGCUUCCACUGGUGUGUUUGCCAGAAAGAACAUUUGUUUCAUUUCUAAACAAUGUGCUUAUUUUCUGCAUUUUCUGAUAAAGUUGUGUGUGACAGACAGGGAUGUACCUUUCAGCAUGUUGUGUAUGUACCAGUUUGAACAACACUUCAGACUGGUCUUUGCAGGUGUUUUGUAGUCCCUAUCGCACACAAACUAUCGAAUGAAUCUAAAGCUCAAUGUUUUAUUUAUGAGAAAGGGAGUCGGACCUUUUGGUCGAUGUUUUGCAAAGACUUGUGAAGUAAUUUUAUAUUUCAAGGCCAAUUGAAACAUUUUGAAAUAAAUAUUUUCAAAAGAACUUAUCUCCUUUUUUUUGUGUGCAAUUUAACCCUAAAAGUGGCAACAUAUUUUUUUUGAUGACCAAAUUGGUAAUGAUUGCAAAGUAACACCUGUCAAGCAGUAAAAUAAUCAAAUAAAAACCUUUUGUAACACAAGUAAAUACAUUUUUUUACACAUUUAUAGUCAAGUUUAUGUAAAAAAAAUAUAUGUUUUUGUGUGUCAUGUUUUUAACUGUUAUUUGAAUAAAUUUCACCCAUAGCAACU